GUAUGGAUUCCAUAUUGAUUUACGCUCAAAUCCAAAUGUGGUGUGCAAAGGCAGGAAUGUCUAAGCUACGAGCUGCAUUCAUUGAAACAAUAAUGGGAAACCAGGAAGCUAAACUUCAGCUCUAUUUUAGCACUGGGAAGAUCAAAGCUUUGCAGCUAAACAAUAAUAUUAAAAGUGUGGUCCUUGGAACCUAUAGUGAAGACCAGAAUUACCUAAAUUUAACUUUUAAAAAUAACGAUUUCUUGUUUGUUGAGGAACUAACCACCAUAUAUGCCAGACAGCUGAAGAAAUUCCUAGACAGAGUUCAUCAAAGAAAUCUUCGGGCAUUACGGAGAAAGAAUAAGGAGAGAUCUGGUGGUCCUAACACAAGCACCCAGGAACCAAACAGUAAGUGCGUCAAAUCAGCCAAAAAAAGUAGAGCACCAGUGCUUGAUGAGAUGCCUUUGUCUUCAUCUUCAUCAACCACACCUAAUAGCGCAGGGGUCUCAGAAAAACAACCUGUAAAGAAGAAAAGAUCCUCACGUAAUUCAGAACAGAAGGCAACAGAGAACAUCCAACAGGGCAGCAGUAAGAAAUCUGAGGCAAAGUCAGUGGUGGCUGUACAUGAUAAUAAAGAAAAAGAAAGGGAUUUAAGAGAGGCAGAAAAGAGCAAACCAGGAUUGGGCUUUUCAUCUGAGACCAACAAUCCCAAGGAGUCUGAUUUGAGUGUUCGUGGUAUUCAUGAUCUCCUUACAGAAUUAUUUUCGCCACUUCUGUUGGAACCAUGUUCUAUGGCGAAAGGCAUAGAGUGGCAGUGGCAUGAGUAUAUAAAGACACUCUUACUGUACCCAGAAAAAGCAUGGCAAGGCCUGCCCAAUGUGGGAAAUACCUGUUACAUAAACGUAGUAUUACAGUCGCUGUGCGCAGUUCCACUGUUUGUUAAUGAGUUGUUCAAUCAGGGUUUCCCAUGGAUUAGACCUCCCAGAGAUGAUUUUAACAUGCGCUUGAUGCAACUGCUGGUUCUGAAAGAUAUUUACAAUGCAAAAACUAGGGAGACGUUACUUAUAAAUUUUACAAAAGUCCUUCCACAAUUUGGAGAGAUAUUUACUGCUCACAGGCAGAAUGACGCGCAUGAGUUUUUAAGUCUCUGUUUAGUUCAGUUGAAGGAAGCUGUUCAAAAAUUAACCGUAGUGUGGCAAGCUGAAAAUGAAUCUGGGAGAAAUAAUUUACUUAGACAGAUUUUUGCUAACCAUGAUAUUAUGGACAAAAUGCCUUUUUGUCCUGUUGCCAAUAAUUUCGAAUUUGAGUUGAUGAGAUCUAUUUUUUGUAAAGCUUGUGGCCUGGUUGUUCACAGGAAAGAACAGGGUAGUUAUCUCUCCGUCAGCAUUCCUCAAGGACUGAAAGGUCUCAACUUGUCUAUCCAAUCCAGUUUUGAUCAUUUUUUUAAAGCAGAAGAACUUGAGCAUAGAUGUGAGAGGUGUAUGCACAACAGAUCUAUGGCAGUGCAUAAGUUUGGCCGCCUACCCAGGGUUAUUAUUAUUCACCUUAAGCGCUAUAGCUUUAGUGAGUCGCGGGUAGUGAAGAAGAAUGAGCAACACGUCAUUAUUUCCAAAAUUUUAAAGCUGUCUUAUCAUUGCAAUGAAAACACAAAGCCCCCUCAGCCCAUUAGCCAAAAUGCACAUGUUAAGGAUUUUGACUUACUAAAACCCCUUCAAGAGUUGAGUCCCGAAAUACUCAAAGGGUCAUUUCAUUCAAUGAUGACCUCAGGACCCAAGGAUUCCUCAACUGUAAACACCAGCUCAAACAAGGAGUCAGAAGCACAAAAUGUAAGGAGAGUCUCUAACGUGUUGAGUGGGAAAGUGAAGCAGGAAGAUCAGGGAAAGGGUGCCACACAAAAUGUAAGUGGGUCAAAAUUGACAAAGGAGACAAAGAAACAUAAGAAAGCACGUACAUCUAGUGAGUUAGAUUCUGGUAGCUUCAGCAAGGCUACUAAAGAUAACGAUCUCAGAAUUCCAGAAAGAUCCCCAAAGUACCAACAGGUUCAAAAACGUCAGAAACAGAGAAAUGGUAAACAGACCUCCCGAGAGGCAGUUACUCAGAGCCAUCCAAAACCAAGCUCCCAGGAACAAAUAGGUUGCUCCAGUAAAGCUGCUGAGUCACAUACCAAGAGUGGCAAUGUGAAGUUACAGGGCUCACUAGACUCCAGUAAGAACUUAGGAAGCAAAGAUAGUUCAGGUAAGAAGACAAAGCUAAGAGGCAAGGUGGAACCCCAAACGGUUGAUCCAAAAGAAGACAAUCAUUACAGGCUCAUUAAUAUUAUCAGUCAUAUUGGGAGCAGUCCCCAUGGAGGCCACUAUAUUAAUGAUGCCUUUGACUUCAGGAAUAAGAAUUGGUUCACUUAUAGUGAUCCGCAUGUGACAAAAAUACAAGAGGAGCUUAUACAGAAGGCUAGGCUUUCAACUGGGUAUGUCUUCUUUUACAUGCAUAAUGAGAUCUUCGAAGAGCUCUUGGCAAAGGAAUCUCAGGCUUCUAAAACGUCAUAGGAGUAAUAUGAGGGACAUAGUCUUAUAGUACCUAUCUACCCGAAUGCCUUACUAACUUAAACUAGAUUGAGAAGAACAGAUACUUGGCCCAAGACCAGCAUCUCAACAAACAUUUACAGAGAAAUCACCUUUGUAACUCUAACCAUAUUAAUUCCAUAAUUACUGUUGAUGCUAAUGAGUGUUCUUCUCUCAUACAAGACUGGAACUGUUUUUUAUGCUUUUUGUCAAAAAAUAGACUUAUUGAUAGUGAAGUUUUCAGUAUUCUCUACAGAAGAUGUAUAACCCAGGGUUGUCUUUAUACUGAUAAAAGUGCCUUGUUUUCCUGCGGUCAUAAACAUUCUACUAAAAGAGGUACAUUUUUUCUUGUUUCAAUGUUCAUUCUUGCAUGAUCACCAUAAUAAGUUAUAAUGAAAAAGCUCUUACAUAAUCAGAAGGAAAAAGCUCACAUCCAGAUAACCAAAGGUUCAGGAGAAUCUACCUAGCACUGUUAGCCCAGCCUGGUGCUUCUAUCUUGCUGACUGUUUGAAAUGGUUUGGAAUCCCUGUCCCCUCCCAGCUUUCUUACAAUGGAGAUCACUAAAUGGUGGCACCUGGAGUGAAGAGAGAAGAAAACAUUUUAUGUCCACAGAUGUUGGCUAGCUCUCUGGUUAACCGCUUACUGGCUGCAGCCCUUUCUAGUUCUAGGUCCCUGGCUUGGUUAAGGUGUCUGGUUUCCUUCUUGGCUCCAGUGCCAGCUCCUCCACUACUCUCUUUAACUCUUCAUCAGAAACAGCAGCACCAGCCACAAUACUACUGAGAUUUUGAGCCAGAGGAAUUCUUCGUCUCGUCAGUUAUGUUUUCCGAAAGCUGGAUUUCCUUCACUACAGAUUCUUCCUCAUUUGCUGCAAAGGUGCUGCUCCCGCGUCUGUCCCCACAGUCUGAGCAUGGACCCACAAGCACAUUAAGGCCCAAAUAGACGCCUAGAUUCUUCCCUUGCCCAAAAGGAGCAAGGCCACGACCCCUACCUUUUAUAUCCUAAUGCUGUGGUUUUAAGAGUGGGGCCUGAUCAACACCACCAGGAAGACAGGACCUCCUGGGCUCUUCUGAAGACUUCCUAAUCCCCAAAUUUAGAACAGGGCUCUUCUGAAGACUUCCUAAUCCCCAAAUUUAGAACAGAGGACAGCAAUCCAAUUGAGGCUGUAAUGUUCAGUUAGGUUUAGAGUCACUGCUUUUGUAUGUAGAAUAUAUUUUUUGGCUUGUUAUGUUAAUGUAUUUGGGUUGCUUGUUACAUAGAAGGUAUUUAUAGCCUUUUUAUUUCUAUUAUAUAUGCCUUUCCUAUGAAAACCCAGAAAUGUUCUUACUAGUUUGGUUUUGUAAAAAAAAAUACUGGGAUUACACCAACUGUAUUCAGCUGAUUCCUGGCACUAAGCAGUAAAUGUGACUGAACUUUCGAAUCCCCUGGACAUGUGUAGAUGAUACUGGACACCAAACAAGUCUUCAUAUUCCGCUAAACCCCCCUUUUCUUUGGUAUCAAAGACGCUGGGUAUCCUCAGACUUUGAUCUUGAGGAUGGAGAAGCUGAUUUGUGCUCAAGGAAUUGACAUGUUUUCCUGUUUGUCAGCUAGCAAGUUACCUGCUGGAUUUUGGUGAUCUGAGCCCACUUCACCAUUUUGAUCUCAGAAGGGCACUUGAGUUACAUCAAAGGAGUUUUGUUUACCAGAAUUCGAUCUGCAAAACUGGACAGUUUUGUGCAUUCAACAUUAGAAGAGGAACUGUGGAUUUCUUUUUCAUCUUUGUAGCAUGGUAUUCUCUUUCUUGGAUGAAUACAUAGUUCCUGCUUAAAAGUGGACUUGUAAGACCUGAAAAACCUAAUUUGAGCAACAAGCUUUUGAUAUAACAUAAAAAAAUGUCUCUGGAGAUGAUCUGAUGUGUGGAGAAAGUCACGUGCAUCCUAGGCAUGGUGAUAUUCUAUAAACAUUCAGUAAUCAUACUUAAUUCUUCUAAUACCAAA